AAUCGCCUGACCUCUGGUGAUUUAAUAAUAUCCUAACGCAGCUAAACAUGGCCUUUAUUAAAUUCAUACAUGAAGCAAACUACACAAACAAUGAUCUUGGGUUGCUACAUAGGUGCAGCUAGCUAGCUAAGUGUUACCUAAGUGUUACGUUAUUUAAAAUGUGUUUCUUUUGUGUAACUACAACACAAUUCCACAUGUGAAAAAUAAAUCAAAUCAAAGCGUUUUGGUUUUUUUGGUUUUUUAAUAGAUAUACAGACAGUAAAUGCUAAAACAUAUGUUCCAGGGUUAAAAGAUAAUUAAUAUCUACAUCAUGGGGCAAGUGAUUGUUUAGCCUCGGUUGCCCGGGGCGACGGGAGAAAGGUGAGAUGCAGGAGCGGGGACGACCCCGGGAAAACUUAACUGACGGAACUCCCCCCCCCCCAGCGUCCCACGAGCAACUCUCCCAGGGGAUGCCGAGCAGCGGUGUCAGCUGGCCUCAGUUGAGCACAUGCAGCCCGUGGACUGUCCGACUGGAGACAGAGGGGAUGGUGUCAUUCGUGAACGGCGACCUCGGAUCCGAGGCUGCUCACAAACGCAGACGGGUGAACGGCGCAUCUCCCCUGACCGAGGCGCUCACGUCGGUGCAACCGCGAAAGUUAGAGGCCAGACACAGGAAACAGAAACUCAUGUCCAAAAUGAGCGACUCCGGUUUCGAGGAGGACCUGGUGGGACUCUCUCCCAUCUCGUCCCCGGCCCGGACGAACGUGUCCCCGCUCCGUGUAGAUGAGCCGGAGCCUCCUGCGGACUCGGAGCAGCAGCUGUCCAACUGGUACCGGCAGUACGGAGACGUCGGCUUCACCAUCCAGAGAGAGAAAGAGGCGCAGUUUCACCCCUGCAGAAGCUUGGCACGACAGCCACAACUGACUGCAGAUGCGCGGUGCAAGCUCGUCAGCUGGCUCAUCCCUGUGCACCAACACCUCCGUCUGUCCUUUGAGUGCUGCUGCCUGGCGGUGAACAUCAUGGACAGGUUCCUGGCGUGCACCGCAGUGGCUGCCGACUGCUUCCAGCUACUGGGUGUCACUGCACUCCUUUUAGCCAGUAAACAGGUGGAGGUUUGCUCACCGCGGAUCAGCCACCUCUUGUCGUUGUGUUGUGAUGCCUUCACCAAGGAGCAGCUCUGCAACAUGGAGUGUCUCAUCCUCCUUCGCCUCAACUUCCGCCUCACUGCACCCACCCUGGCCUUUUUCCUGGACUAUUACGCCAACUGCAUGGAGGCUUCCCAGCUUGUGUCUGAGAACGCGGUCGGUGACGGGUGCACAAGAAGGAAUCCGGACACAAAAAGACAUGGGCAGAGCGGCGGCCUCGCACAAAAGGUGUGCGAGUUGACUUUAGCAGACUAUGCUUUCAACAAAUACCCACCAUCUCUGACUGCGAGCUGUGCACUGAGGCUGGCCGGUGAGCUGCUGAAAACUGAUCGGGUGCUCGUUGAGCAUGCAACCGUCCAGUCACAGGAAAACCGCUGGGACAGUUUUGUGAAUGAGCUAAGUGCCCAACCAGCUUCUGCACAACCCUUUGUGGUUUCUGAGGGCAACUCUCACUUCCUGCCUGUGGGUCAGGAGAGCCACAACCACAAUCUGGCUCGGGAAUGCGAAGACAACCUGAAGCUGCUGGUGUCAUUAAACCAGGAGACGCUGGAAGUGAUGUCCACCAUGUGACUGCAGUGAGCCACCGCUCAGAUGUUAUAGCAAAAAACGCCAAAUCCCUCUCUACUUUUAGCGGGGGAGGUUGUAUUCUAGAGAUUAUUUCCACAAAACACGGACCUGAGGGAAAAGUCUCUCAAUUAUGUGUUGAAAUGUUUCACAAGUGAAGUCUGGUGUUCAUCCACAAAACCUCAUUGUCUUACAGACAAUCAGUCAUACUUGAUACCGCCGAAUGUUUUACAAUUUGCAAUUUACAAUGUUUUAUAUUUAUUGAUAGUAGGUUUAAUAUAUGUUGAUUGUAUUAUUCUUUUUUAAUUUCUUAGUUAACUCUAAAUCAAAAUCAUUAUUUACUAUACAUAUGCACUGACUUGCUGCAGGUUUACGAGUUAUGUUACUGUCGCAACCUCUUGAUGAAGGACCAGAAAAAAAUGUGCUGUACUGAACUGAUUGAUUGUAAUGAAAU